AUGAAUGAGGAUUAAUUAACUUAAAAAAGAGAGUUGACAUCAUAUGAAUCUUGCCUCGAUUGUUGUGGAAAUGUUUCCGGAUGUUUGAGAGCUUGGCUCCCUUGCAUAUUUUGUUGUUGCGAAAAUCCCUUCUACGCAGUCCAAUAGAGUUCUCUAGGAUUGGUUGAGAAGUUCGGAAAAUACCACCGAAGUUUACCACCAGGUUUAAAUUAAAUUAACCCUUGCACUGAUACCGUCAUACAAGUGGAUAUGAGAACAAGAGUAUUGGAUUUAGAUAGGUAAAUUAUCCUAACAAAGGAUAAUAUACAAGUUAACAUAGAUACAUGCAUGUAUUUUAGAAUUAUCGAUGCCGUACGUGCAACCUAUAGGGUUUCUAGACUGACAUAAUCUGUUAAGGACAUGACAUACGCAGCAUUGAGAUAGGUUUGUGGAGAACAUCAAUUGCAAGAUUUAUUGGAACAUAGAGAAAUGGUCUAAGAUUCAAUUGAGGCUUACUUGGAUAAGUAAACAGAUCAAUGGGGAAUAUACAUUGAAGAAGUUUUCAUCAAAGAUAUGGUUUUAACUCCGCAGAUGCAAUCUGAUUUGGCAGCUGCAGCCAAAAAUAAGAGAAUCGCUUAGGCAAAAGUCAUUUCCGCAUAAGCCGAUGUUGAAAGUGCUAAAUUGAUGAAAGAAGCUGCCCAAGCCCUUGAUAGCAAGGCUGCAAUGUAGAUCAGAUUCUUGGAGACACUUCAACUAUUAGCCAAGGGACCAUCAUAAAAAUUGAUGUUCCUCCCUCUAAGUCCAGAAUCAUAAGGAGCUCAUAAUGGAUGA